ACCCCUCUGGCGUCAUAGCAUGACGUAAAAGCGGAGGAAGGAGCUGCUUGCACAGCAGAAGAGCUGAAGGCAGACAGGGGACUAAGGAGACACGAGGAGUCGGACGCUUUCAUUCAAAAAAAAACGCAUCAUAGAUGAAGCAAGGCAUGCUCUCCAGGCUGAGCCGCGUCCUGAGGCAGGCGGUGCCAUCACUGAGCCACAGCAUGCGCUCCGGCGCCCGGCCCGCCUCCACCGCGGCCCCCGCCGCCAGGCGCACGGAACGCCCCUUGUCCUCUGAAGAGGUGUACGCCCGGGAGGAGAAGUAUGGAGCGCACAACUACCACCCUCUACCCGUGGCACUGCAGAGAGGAGAAGGAAUUUACGUUUGGGAUGUGGAAGGCCGGCGGUACUUUGACUUCCUGAGCGCCUACAGCGCCGUGAACCAGGGCCACUGCCACCCAAAGAUCAUCGCGGCGCUGAGCGCCCAGGCCGCCCGCCUGACGCUCACCUCCCGCGCCUUCUACAACAACGUGCUUGGCGAAUACGAGGAGUUCAUCACCGCUUUGUUCGGCUACCAGAAGGUCCUUCCCAUGAACACAGGCGUUGAAGGUGGGGAGACUGCGUGCAAGCUGGCUCGGAAGUGGGCGUAUACGGUGAAGGGCGUACCCAAAUACAAGGCGAAGAUUAUCUUUGCAACCGGCAAUUUCUGGGGACGGACCAUGGCCGCCAUCUCGAGCUCCACAGACCCUAGCAGUUACGAUGGCUUUGGGCCUUUCAUGCCUGGAUUCGAGCUCAUCCCCUACAAUGACAUUCCCGCACUGGAGCGCGCCCUGCAGGACCAGAAUGUGGCUGCGUUCAUGGUGGAGCCCAUCCAGGGCGAGGCUGGGGUUGUGGUCCCGGAUCCCGGGUACCUGACUAAAGUGCGGGAGCUCUGCACCCAGCACAAUGUUCUGUUCAUCGCUGAUGAGGUGCAGACUGGUCUGGCUCGCACUGGCCGCAGGUUGGCUGUGGACCAUGAAGCGGUGCGCCCGGACCUGGUGGUCCUGGGCAAGGCUCUGUCGGGGGGCGUCUACCCCGUGUCUGCCGUGCUGUGUGACGACGAGGUGAUGUUGACCAUCAAGCCCGGCGAGCACGGAUCCACGUAUGGGGGGAACCCCAUCGCCUGCCGGGUGGCCAUCGCCGCCCUGGAGGUGCUGGAGGAGGAGCGGCUGUCAGAGAAUGCGGAGAACAUGGGCCAGCUCCUGAGGGCGGAGCUAAUGAAGCUGCCCAAUGACAUCGUCACCUGUGUCAGAGGAAAGGGUCUCCUCAACGCCGUCGUCAUCAAAGAAACUAAAGACUACGACGCCUGGAAGGUGUGUCUACGUCUGAGGGACAACGGGCUGCUGGCCAAGCCCACACACGGUGACAUCAUCAGGCUGGCCCCGCCCCUCAUCAUCAAGGAGGACGAGGUCCGGGAGUGCGUGGAUAUUAUUCAGAAGACCAUCCUGUCCUUCUGAGCGACCAUCCUGCCCCAAGCCAUCAUCCUCGUCAUCGUAUGCUAGGACAAUCCCCUGGAGAUUUUGAAUUUGGAUCUGUGUUGAAGGAUUUUAGUUAUCGUGAUCUAAAUUAAUACAGAUCUAAAAAUGAAAAAAAAAAAAAUUUAAGUGUUCUAAAAAUUGUACUGGAAUGUGAUUGACAGACUACACUCCAGCCUAAUUUAACAUGCUUUUUUAAAAGCUGAAUUUUAAUUUUUUAAUAAAUUUUAUUCCCUUAAAACAAACUUAUUGUAGACAUAUCAGGGUAUGGAGUGUCUGGUCUAAUAACAGCGGCUGUUUUAUCUGGAUGCUUCAUAAGGCAAAAAGGAAAUGUUUGGCACGUAUGAACCGGAGGUGAAAUGGAGUGUUUUGAGAGUAGGAACGUUUGUGUAGUUAGAGGUUUAGCGGAAAGAGUUUUAAAAAGGUGAUUCUGUUACAAAAAAAAGCCGUUAAACGUCAAAAACCGACUUUAAUGUUCAGUCAGCGUUUAUUUCUGAAAAUGAAGAACUGGAAGUUCCCGAAACUUGUCAUAUGAAGGUUUUAUUUCAGCUUCUGAAUUAAUCACUGAUGUAGGUUUUUUUUUUGCUGCUCUGAAACUCAGCGGAUGCUCAGGGCAAACCGGACUGGUUGGUUAGUGUUUUAGCUAAUCAGGUAACUCAUGGAUGCUGUCCAACAGCAGUGACAUGUCAGCUCCAGGACACCAGCUCUUGCACUUCUUUCGUGUGUUUCCCCCCUAGAAGUAUGUUGAAAAUAACUGCUUUGAUGAAAGCCUUGUUAUUGUUAAUUGACAUUUAAUUUCACUGAAGUGUGUCAUGGUCUGUGCUGUGCUAACCCAGUGUUGAAUUGUAGCAUCUGUUGAAAAUACAUUUUUUUGAACGGUC